ACUUGUUUUGUAACUAUGAGGUGCGCGAGACGCGGCUUUCUCUCCCGGGCUUCCUGAGUUUUUUUUUUUUUCAUUGUUAUUUAUUUUAUACAUAUUUUUUAAAACAUUUUUAUAAUUAUAUAUAUUUUUUUGUCUUUGUGUGUGUGGUGGAUUUUUAGCACGAAAUACCCAAUCGCACGAGGAAGUAAAAUCCGAAAAGGGGGCAGAAGGAAGCACACACACACACACAGAAAGAGAGAGAGAGGGAGAGAGAGAGAGAGGCAGAACAACUGCACCACCGGGGGAUUUAAACCGCCUUGUUGUUCUUGGCAAACGGAGGAGAAAAAAAACCCGAGGAGCCACAAGGAGGGAAAGGAAAACAACCAGGAGAAAUUCAUGUAGCGGUUCUAUCUUUAGCGACAUUUCUUUCUUUUUGGGGGGGAAUUGGAUAGCAGGAUGAGCAAGGACAGACCGAAGAGGAACAUCAUCCAAAAGAGAAGAGAUGACGACAGCGAUGGGAUCCCCUGGUCGGAAGAGCAAGUGGUGCGGAAGGUCCUCUAUCUCUCGCUGAAGGAGUUUAAGAGCGCGCAGAAACGGCAGCUCUGCGACGGCCUCAGCGAUGGAGCCAAAAGCCCAAACGGUUCUCUCUCGAGUGUCAACGGUCCCGGCUCUAAAGGAGGACACAAAGGGGACGACUCUCGCUCUCAGAGCACGGACGGAGGGAGCGAGUACUGGGAAGAUGGACCAGUCAAAAAGAGACCCCGACUGCAGGCCCAGAGGAAAUUCGCUCAGUCUCAGCCCAACUCUCCCAGCAGCACUCCGGUGAAGAUGGCCGACCCGUCAUUGCCCACACCAGUUUCGCAGAUCACCGAUCUCUCCAGAUGCAAGCCCAAGACCGAGGACUUCCUCACUUUCCUCUGCCUUCGAGGCUCCCCGGCUUUACCCAGUAACAUGGCCUACUUUGGCAGCUCUCAGGAUGAGGACGAGCUGGAGGACGAUGAGGAAUGCGAGGAGGAGAAGCCGCCCAGCGUGGCGUCCACAUCGUGCCAGUCCACGCCACGCAAAGGCAAACCGCCCGGCAGACUCAACGGACAUGUGUUUAAUGGCCACACCAAGGUAAUGAAGGAGAGGGAGAGCACGCUGAGGCCCAAAGUCAGAGAGUCUUCGGUGGGAAAGGAGCGUUCAGAGAGGACGGAGGAGCGGCGAGACGUCGCACAAUCCACCACAACCAGAUCUCACACCUCCAACGGGGUCGGCAUAAAAGGAACCACAGAGGAACUACGCAAGCAGGUCUCUAAAGUGAACGGCUUUUCGCAGCCAUCUCCUGGGACCGUGGCCACUGCCAAAAAGUCGAAAGACUGCCGCCUACCCUCCAGAACUGUGAAGUACACGGUCACCGUGACCAAGGGCCACGUCACCUACACCAAAGCGAAAGGAGAACUGGUAAAAAAAGCCAAACUGAAUCACAGCAAACAUUCUGCUGCUGCUGCUGCUGGCGGUAAUCAGCAUCCAGCCAGCAAUGGGCACGGUGCCCAGCCCCCUCACUCAGGGAAAGCCCCAAGUGGCAAUGCAAAAACCCGCAAACAGGUGCUGUUAUCAAACGGGCUGCAUGGCGCAGCCAACGGGGGCGCCACUGUUCACUUCAACGGGAGGAUCAAUGGACUCCAUAGCUCCAAGGACGAUGAGUCGGAGGACGAAGCCCGCCAGGGACGGCAAGGUCUGCGCAAUUCCAAACGCAGAAUGGAUGCAGGAUCAGAGGCCACAGAGUCCAAGUCCAAGGUCUUGCUCUCUGAGGCUAAAAAGCCUAAACUGGCGUCACUUCCUGUAGUGGAGACGCGCAGCAAGAAGGUGCUAAACCAAGACAAGGCUUCAACCGCCCUUGCUAAUGGGCACAACAUUACAGAAACAGCUGCCUCACCCACACCAAAAACAGGCCCCACCCCUGCUCCAGCCUCACCAGCUGCCCCAGGCUCCGCCCACCAGAGCCCAGCCAACCCGGAGCCGGCAAGGCAACGGCCCAAGCGUGCUUCAGCCGGGAGGCUGAUGUUCAUCCACAGAGCGCAGCAAAGGGCAAAGAGCUGGCACGCUAACUCUAAUGCUAACACUACCUCAAACAGCAGGCCCUUGAGUGGGUCAGAGCCUCAGACCACACCUCAGCGGUUGGAGCGGGAGCGCGAGAGGGAAAAGGAACGCGAAAAGGAGCGUGAGAGAAGCCGGGCAGGCCUGGCAGUGCUGCCUGAGGUUCCCAUAUUGAGGCCCAACUCGCGCGAGUUUCAGGACCCUCUGGUUUACCUGGACUCGGUGCGAGAAUGCGCAGAAACGAGUGGACUAUGCCGAGUAAUCCCGCCUCCAGACUGGCGUCCCGAGUGCAAGCUGAACGACGAGAUGCGCUUCGUCACUCAGGUGCAGCGGGUGCACAAGCUCGGUCGCCGCUGGGGCCCGAACGUCCAGAAACUUGCGUGUAUCAAGAAACACCUCAAAUCUCAGGGCAUCAGCAUGGAGGAGCCGCCACUUAUCGGGGGCUGUGAGGUGGACUUGGCGCGAUUCUCCGAGCUGGUCAGCGACAUGGGUGGCAUGCAGCGAGUGAUGGACCUGAAGAAGUGGAGCCGUUUGGCGGAUCUGCUCCGGAUCCCGAGGUCGGCUCAGGAUCGGCUGGCUAAGCUCCAGGAGGCCUACCUGCAGUUCCUGCUCUCUUACGACCAGCUCUCUCCUCAUGAGCAUCGCCGUCUCGAGCACGAGGUGCUCGGCGAGAAGGACACGCUGGAGCGCCGCCGGGGGCCCCUGGAGGGUCACUCGGAGAGCGGGUACGGUCACGCCCUGGCGCUGCCACGCUACGAGCCCAAGAACGGGCUCCACGGACCGGGCAAGGAGCCGGAGACGCCCCGUAACCCUGGGCGCCGUCGACUCUUUAGUCACGAGAAGAAAAAAGAGGGUCACGUCCAAGAGGAAGGAAACGAAGGGGUUCUCAGCGACCAGCACAAGUGUAUAUAUAAGGGUAGAUCGGUGUCUUUGACCACUUUCUACAGAAUAGCCAGGAAUGCGAUGAUGAUGUGCUUUAAUAAGGAGCCCAGAGCAUCGGAAGUCGAGCAAGAGUACUGGCGAAUAGUGGAGCAGAGGGACUGCCACGUAGCGGUGCAUUAUGGGAAAGUGGACACGAGCAUACACGGAAGCGGCUUCCCCGUGGGCAAGUCGGAGCCUUUCUCAAAACAUGGAUGGAACCUCACUGUCCUCGCUCACAACUCCGGCUCCAUCCUGCGCCACCUCGGUGCCGUGCCCGGGGUGACUGUUCCCUGGCUGAACAUUGGCAUGGUCUUUUCUACCUCAUGCUGGUCACGAGACCAAAACCGCCUUCCAUACAUCGAUUACUUACACACUGGUGCUGACUGCAUUUGGUAUUCGAUUCCUGCUGAGGAGAAGGCUAAGCUUGAUAAAGUAGUGCACACGCUGCUGCAGGCCAACGGCACACCGGGACUCGAGAUGCUGGAAAAGAACAUAAUGAUCUCUCCAGAGGUGCUGAGUCGCGAGGGGAUUAAAGUCCACCGCACAGUGCAGCAGAGCGGACAGUUCGUUGUGGUUUUCCCCGGGACGUUCGUCUCCAGAGUGUGCUGCGGUUACAGCGUGUCCGAGACCGUACACUUCGCCACGCCGCAAUGGAUGAACCUGGGCUACGAGGCUGCCAAGGAUCUGAAAUGCAGGCGGAUCGCGAAACCCUUCUCCAUGGAGAAGCUGCUGUACCAGAUCGCCACGGCCGAGGCCAAACGAGAGAACGCACUUCUGCUGAGUACAAUCUCCUCUCUUCUCAAAGAUCUCAGGAACAUAGAGAUGAGGCAGAGGCAGGAUCUCUAUGAGGCCGGGCUGCUCUCCUCUGCUCGCUACGGCACUCACGACAACGGCCACGCAGACAACAGGAAGAAACCACGCAAGUGGCCCGCGCUCGAAUCGUCAGAGAGACGGUGCCAAAUGUGCCAACACCUCUGUUACCUGUCCAUGGUGGUGCAGGAGAACGAGAACGUGGUGUUCUGUCUGGAGUGUGCUCUGCGCUACGUCCAGAGAAACAAAUCCUGUCGUGGACUGAAGAUGAUGUACCGCUACGACGAGGAGCAGAUCAACAGUUUGGUGAAUCUGGUGUGCUGUAAAGCCAUGAAGAGCUCAGCGGAAAGCUGUAACGGCUCCAGCCCUAACAAAACCCCGACCAAGCGGCGUCCGAGAAAGGGCCCCACCAUAGAGUUGACUCUCACCCGCUUGGGCAAAAACACCACCUUGGCUGUCUCAUGAAAAAGAGAGCGAGAGAGAGAGAGAGAUCCCUCAAAACCCUUUCUCUCCAUCACUCUGUUUCUCUCAAACCCGGAUCUUCUGCCUCCUCCAGUACGGCGAAACUUGCUGCGUGUGAGCGAGCUGCCUUUUUUGCACUAGAGCGAAAGAAGGUUUUUGCCUUUGGAUUAUUAUUUUUUUGUUGUUGUUUUUAGUUUUAGCAUUAAGCGGUGUGCUUUCUGGUCUGAUCGAGACAGACGGACGUCGUCCUCCUCUCUCACCGGACACUUUCUCCUCAUCCUCAGCCCUGUCGACUGCAUACACACUCAGCCUGAACUGUGAAUCAAGACACGUCGGUGCUUCUUCUUUUUUUAAUUCUCUUAUUUUUGUGUCAAGAUUCCAGAGACACAGAGGCCACCCGGUCGGCCUGGACUGCUUCGUUCUUUUUUGUUUUAGGUUACUUUCCCUUACCACCAAACCCCCUCCUCCCCCCCCCCUUUUUUUUUUUUUUACUUUUUGAGUUCUUCUUUGAGUUAGUUGCAAAGGCGAGGUAACACUUGAAAGCGAGACUUGUUUUCGAUGUUUUUAGUUGUCAAAUGGUUUUAAUCCGACGGGUGGUGAUGUGACGAGCUCCCGCGCUGACACUAGCGACUCCUUAACUGUGCCUGACCUGCAGGUCUUCAGCCGAGGAGCUUCGUCUGAUUCUUUGGUGCUGUUUUAUUUGAUUUUUUUAUUUGUAUUUUUUUUUCUUUUUUUUUUUUAUAUCAAUA